AUGCGGAACGGAAGAGGAAUGUGCAGGACAAAUGGGCGACGGAAGGAGGAGUACAAGCAGACGAAUUGGAGUGCUAGCAUGAAGAAAAGAGGCGGCGACGAGAGGUUUUCAGUGAAUUCACAUUGAAAUGUACACAGAAUUUGAUUUUUCAGCGCAUUCUUCAAACGAAAAAUUUGUAAAAGCUGGAAUAAAUCUUCAGAUCGUUCCGAACGAAAAGAGGACAAGAAGGAAAAAGAGGCGCUUGUAGCGGUGAUGACUCGUUUCCUCUAA